AUGACAACUCCUACCACAUCACAACGCCAUCCUACCAUUCGGAAGCUUUCAACCCUGUCCGAUGAUGGUCAAGUGGAACACGACACCAAGCAACGAGUGAUGAAAAUGGUUGAAAGGGCCAAUUGUGGAGAUACCAUGACUGAUGAGGAAGUUUCGAUUAUCUGCGACGGAAUCGCAAAUUUGGUUCCGAUCGAUGCGUCGAUAAAUUUUGAAGAAUUGAGAGAUGUGGUGCAGAAGGUGGCACAUCUGAGUCACAAGGACUGGAGUAGGACGUCGAGAAACAGUGAUGCACUGAGCCGUAGUUUAUCAAUAAGCUCAGACGACGACGGAUCAGACGAUGUCAUUUCGAAGCACGCUCGGCAACUGCUCGAGCGAAUUUUACUGGAAGGGAACUGGGAUGGAGCCAAGGCCCAUUCGACGUUCGCUGGGCAGGGAAAGGGCGAGAAACCUUGGGCAGUUCUCGUCACCGGAGUGAAUGGCAUCAGGAAAACUACGAGUAUGUAUCAACCAUGGUUCGAAGAACUUCUUUCCGAAGCAUUGUCCCCACCAGCUGGGGUAAGUGUGGAGGGGAAUCUUCCGACGGGAAGGAAUUCAUUUUUUCGUCAGCUUGAUCACAUCAUUGCAACAUUGAUGAAUGAAGAGUUUUUCAAAUUGUACGCUUGGGCAUCGAGUCAAAUGAUAAAUAGAGAUUCGGAUAUUCCUUUGGCUGAGACCGUCCAAGAGUACUCCGACUACAAGGCUGCUAUUUUUUCGAGGUAUAGAACGCUAUCAGAACUAAUGGGUGCUAUUUUGCUGAAGCAAGCACAGAAGGUGAACUUGAAUUGUUUGAUGGAAACAUCCGGAAAAGAUGUAGCAAUGUUUCAUUACAUUGACCACUUCUUCGAUUCGACUCGAUACAACAAGCUCGCUCUACACUUUGUCAUUAAUGAUCUUUCACAGGCCAAAGAAUCUGUCGAUAAGCGAAUGAUCAAAGAAAUUCAGGCUGGAUCAUCAGCAGUGCAGAGCGAGGAUGCCUUCAAAGUUGUUUACGCAAACGCCGGAGGGCCUUAUGGAUCAAAGGUGUUGGAAAGUGUCCAGACAGAUUCCGAAAAAGUAUGGCAAGAGGAAGUGCUUACCGGUUCUGUGGGUGAAGAUUGGUACAAAGCCACGAUUGCGAUUGAAGCACAUCCAACAGAACCAUGGACAGCGCAAGCUGUGAAGUCCGAUGGAACUCGUGGCACGAAAUACACCUUUGAAGGGCCAACGAGAUAA